AAGACAAACAUGUCUUCUAGCAGCGAGGAUGGGGAUCCCAAUGUUAAUGUUAUCCCUAUGGAGAACUUUCCCAGUGAUGGAAGCAUGAGUACCUGGCCUGGGGGUCAAUACAUUGAACGCCCCGAUUCUCGCUGGCGGCAGUUACUUGCCGAGAACUGGCUCAAAGACAUGGGCACUUAUGAAGAAGGUGUCACUCAUAUCAUUGAAAAGUUACCUGAGGGAUACUGUCUAUUCGAACGACCUCGUGGGACCAAUCCUAAAAUAUUUGAUCCUUUCCUCUUCGGUCAUCCAAGUGGUCAGUAUUUCCAGUCACAGACCACUUUCUUGACCCAUUUCCUGUCUCUUGUCAAGAACGAGCUAGACAGUUGUGAAUGCAAGCCCUGCAGUAAGAUGAGGCCGAGCCAGGGGACUUCGGUGCAGGGGACUAGAAAACUCAUGCAGCCAAUUAUUAAUGAGCGUCGCCCCACCGAUGCAGAAGGACCAGAUUACUGGCGAAUCUUGGUCAUGAAAUUGAAAGAUAAGAAGAAUCUCGACGAAGAUAUCGAGCAACGAUUCAAUCUCGAUUGGGUGCUGACUCAUGAAUGGCUUUCGGAUUACUUUAUGAAAUUGGUUCUGGACCCCGCUUAUGUCCCUCGUCGCGGUGAGCUUGUUCUCUGGAUCUGGCAGGGUCUCGAAGAUGGCUGUUUGUUACGCAACCCUGAGACUGGCUUCAUUGAAAUAUUCGGCAACGACAACAAGUGGCAUGGCGUGCCCAAUUGGCGUGCCGGUGUAGUGACCCAAACCCCCGAGGACGCAGGACAUAUGGUGAAUAUCAUUGAAACUCCGGACAGCCCACGCGGGCUGAGCUACUCUGGAUUCCGUGUGGAGACUCUACCGGAUCCCCUGGGUAAUGACAAGUCUUACUCGGUGCAAUACGCCUACGUUCCGUUGCGCAACAUUAAACCUUUCAACACAUGGCAACUCUACCUCAAUGGCCAAGAGCGAGAGGACAUCCAUCCAUCUAUCGAGAACGCGAUGACUGUCAUGUCUUCCUGGAGCAUGGUUCAAAAGUUCCAUGCCCGUGGCGAAUGGCCAAACGUCAACAUCUAUUGCAAGGGAAUCUUCAUUGGAGCCGAACUUCUCGCCGUACACGACACCGUCCGUCUGAGGCCACAUGGGUUCCAUCGCGAUCAUCUCAAAAACGGAAAUGUCGGUGAAGUGACGGAAGUGAUGGUCGUUGAAAAAAUUGUACUUUCCCUUUCGGGGUGUGUCGACGAUGAUGAGGAGCAGCUAGCAAAACACAUCACAGCUAUGGUCUCCGGUAAGGUAUUCACUACCAAUCCUAGUCACAUUGCCGAGGAAGGCCCGUUUAAAGGUGCAAGCCCUGUGCCAUCCACCACCGAAACAGCAACUGGUCCUGUCCCGCUUACCACAGAAGAAGCAACCGCUACCUUCCGUCAGGUUAGCAUGAGCGACUACGGCCCCUGGUACCCCAUGGCCAACGGCAGAACUUGCAGCGUCUCUCCGCAUCUAAUCAUCGGCCGCUGCUACGAACCACUCGCAGCGGAGCUUAUGCUCGGCACCCACUCUUUGGGUUACGACGUAUCCGGCGUGAUGGAAGGUCGUGAGUAUUCCUCACAGGUCGAUACGCGCAUGCCUGGAAACAACACGUGGUUCUGGGGCGACUGCCGGGUGGAAACACUUGGAUUGACAGAGAUUAACGGCGUUGAAUGCGGUCUCACGGCGGCGCAGCGCGAAGACCCACGCAAGUGGCAAGCUAUUAUCAAACUGUCUCACGGCGAAAUCAGCCAUGCUCUCCGACGCCAGGCUCACAUUCCUUCUUCUGGUAGUCGACACUUUAACUCUUCGUCGUCCGCUCCGAGCGGUACCAGCUCACUGCCGAGGACUGGUUUUGCGCAGGUUGCGCAGAACAGUAAACUGGUCAGCUCUGCUAUUGGCAGUGCACCGGAGACUGAAGAUGAUUCCUUUGAUGAUGUCUUUGGGAAUACCACUGAUGAUCAAGUAUCUGGUGGUAUCUCUGGGCCGAGGUUUGAGGGCGAUCAUUCUUCUGGAGAAGAUAAUUAUCCUUUUGCGUAG